GUAUCCGUAAAGCAUAACUAAGUUAUCAAAUAUAACAGAAAAUCUUGCAUCCCUCAACACAUAUUCAACAUACUGAAAUAGUAAAGAUACAAAUGUGCGAAAUGUAAGAUAGGGUAUGUAACUGUGGCAUUACUGUAAGGAAAUAAAUGAGAUUAUGAACAUAAUUGAGGCCAAAAAAGUAUUUGAAGUCAGCCAUCCGGACACGUCCUCAAUGUAAAUACUGAGACGUGAGACGACGGGAACCAACAUAAAUGGCUCCAAGGAAAAGACACCACAUAGAAUCUCUGGAGGAGCUGAGCCUCCGAAUUGUGCUUGCAUCAGUGGUUGCAGACCUUCAUUUAGCACACCUCCUAGGCACAGACCUCCGUCACUCCAUUGUCUUAUCCUCUCUUCCAGUUUCAUCUCCAGACCAACUGAAAAGAAUGGUGUCUGCCAGGCUAUCCAUUCUACCAGGCAUUCUUAAUGAUCAGGUUCGAGACCGUUUAGUCCGGCGUCUGUUUGCCAGCUCUGAGCCAGACAGAUGGGCAAAUGCUAAGCUUGAUAUUCUUAAGGUUGUGCUGGACAAUAGUGUGACAAUGAUUGACUGUGGUGAACAGGUACUGCCCAGACAAUUGUUAACUGUUGUUGGUGAGUGCUGUCCCAAUCUCACAUCACUGAAGGUCAUACUAAAUCAGAUGGAACCAUAUGGAAGCGGACUGACAGCCACAGAGGACAAAGACAACCCAGCAUCUGCCCCAGUCACAGCCUCCCUUUUUCCAAGACGACAUCAGUUACUCAGGGAAACCAGUUUUUCUUUCUCAAAGCUUUUCCAAGAAGAAACCAUAAAAAUGGCAACUGCAACUGCUGCAAAGGCAGCAGUACCCUGUCCCUUGGUGUCUGGGUUGUCAUCUCUAACACAACUGUCUACUCUACACCUGAUGCAUGGUGCCAACAAUGAUAUUUUGGCAGCACUGGGCCAGUAUGCACCGAAGCUAAAGGAACUAAGGAUAUGUUACAGCUACGGUGUGACAGAUGCAGGGCUGAAGGCAUUGUGCUUAUGUUCUCCAGAUAACCAUGUGCUCAGAAGAGGGCGGCACUUGCAUGAAUUGAGGGUGCGGUCAUUUCACUUGAACCCCUGCUGCUCUACACUUGAAGAGGUUGACAUUCUAGGAACAGGUAUUAGCCAAUAUGGAGUUGCCUUCCUGCUCAAACAUCUGCCUUCUCUGAGGUCUCUGGGAAAUUGUACUAAUGUCACAGAGGCAAUAGAAGCUUUAGUUGGCAAUAAAUCUCUCCGGCGCAAUACUUUCAUGGGCAGGUUACGGAAGUAUGCUAGUAGAUUCAAACUUAACAGGGUGAAGGAAGACUGUGUAUCUGCCUCGAAAUUGGUGGUGAUAACAACACUUUGUCCAGAGCUUCGGGACUUAACUCUGACACACAGGUUUUGUGAGGUCGACCUAGAGAGGUUAGCUGACCUCCACAAAUCACCCUCACACUUUAGAUUACAUCUAAGUCAGUUGAAAUUCCUCAAGCACCUGAGUCUGGUCAACAUCGCUUCACGGUCUGUAUCAGGUGCAGUGCAAGCUGUGGGGCAGCAGCUGACGGCUUUAACAGUUCGAUGUCGAGGGUUAGAUGUUCCAGUGGUUUUUGACACAUGCAUCAACCUCAAAUAUCUUACCAUGGAAGGAGAGGAUUGUUCAGCUCCUUAUGAAGCAGUGGAGAAUUUUCGACAGACAGCUCUAAUCAAGCUACAAGUAGUUAAGAUAAAAUGUCACUUGCCUGCCCCAUACACAGAUAUAAUUCUCAAUAAUGCAAGGAGUUUAACACGAUUGGAGAUAGACUGUCUUUGUGAUAUGAGUGACGAUCGAGUGGACCAACUGAUGCGAAACAAAAGCUUGGAAAAACUGAGGGAAUUUGAUGUUAGUCGAGCUCCAAAGCUGACGGUAACAUCAGCCAGAAAGUUGGUUAAACAUUGUCCAAAAUUGCUACAACUCCAGGAUUUAGGUGGAUGGAACAUAUCAUCAGAAGAGUUUAAUGCAUUCCUGAAAGAGACUGAGUUAGAGAACUAUGAUAUUCAAAUAGUUUACAAACCUCGCAGAGUUAGAAAUGACACCCACAGUGAUGAUGACCUUAUUGAUGACUCUGAUGAAGAUUCAGAUGUUUGGGGACCAAUGAGAAAUCUUUUCCCUCUUGUAAUACUCUAGAGCCAGAUUUGCAAUAUGAAAGCAAUUAUGUUGUGAUAGACAAAAUACAUAUACAUAAGGGAUCUGCUCAUUAAUUUUUCAUAUAAGAUUUUUUUUUUUUUUACCUCAACGACCGUCUCCCGCCAAGGCAGGAUGACCCAUAUCACAAAAAAAUUAAGUAAAAAGGCUUAAUAUUUAAUUUAAAGGCAAUUCAUUAUAAAAAACUAAUAAAUAAUUUGCUUUACGAAUGAUGUGUUCAGUGUCUUGUGUGAAUGACACUUUGUAUCAAUGUGUAUAACCAAUAUAAUUAUCAAGAUAGUAAGAUUAGAACUGAUAAUCUUGUUAAAUAAGCUCUAUAAACUUUUUUUUUUGUAUUUUUAGUACAUUAUUCAGGGGUAAGUGACAUUUCCCCUCCCUCACAUUACGCUUUAGGUUCAGAAUCUUAUUCUGCCUUUGUAGAAAUCAUUCAGUACCUGAUUUUUUUAAAAGCACUAAAAUGUGACCCCAUUAAAUAAAACUAACUAGGUUAUGCAAGGUGUUAAUUCAGGACACUAAGUGCUUUCAUAAAAUUGUUUACAUAAAUAAUACUAC